CUAGGUUUGUGCUGGCUGUGGGCAGCGCCGUCUUCGAUGCGAUGUUCAACGGGGGAAUGGCCACCACGUCGACGGAGAUCGAGCUUCCUGAUGUGGAGCCCGCUGCCUUCCUGGCCCUGCUGAAGUUCCUCUAUUCGGACGAGGUUCAGAUCGGACCCGAGACGGUCAUGACGACCCUGUACACCGCCAAGAAGUACGCCGUGCCCGCCCUCGAGGCCCACUGCGUGGAGUUCCUGAAGAAGAACUUGCGCGCCGACAACGCCUUCAUGCUCCUCACGCAGGCGCGACUCUUCGAUGAGCCGCAGCUGGCCAGCCUGUGCCUGGAGAACAUCGACAAGAACACAGCCGACGCCAUCACCGCAGAGGGCUUCACGGACAUCGACCUGGACACGCUGGUGGCCGUCCUGGAGCGCGACACACUGGGCAUCCGUGAGGUGCGCCUGUUCAACGCCGUAGUGCGCUGGUCCGAAGCCGAGUGCCAGCGGCAGCAGCUGCAGGUGACGCCCGAGAACAAGCGCAAGGUGCUGGGCGCGGCUCUGGGCCUCAUCCGCUUCCCGCUGAUGACCAUUGAGGAGUUCGCCGCAGGCCCUGCGCAGUCCGGCAUCCUCAUGGACCGCGAGGUGGUCAGCCUCUUCCUGCACUUCACGGUCAACCCCAAGCCGCGUGUGGAUUUCAUCGACCGGCCGCGCUGCUGCCUGCGUGGGAAGGAGUGCAGCAUCAACCGCUUCCAGCAGGUGGAGAGCCGCUGGGGCUACAGCGGGACCAGCGACCGCGUCAGGUUCUCAGUGAACAAGCGCAUCUUCGUGGUGGGGUUUGGCCUCUACGGGUCGAUCCACGGGCCCACCGACUACCAAGUCAACAUCCAGAUCAUCCACACGGACAGCAACACCGUCCUGGGCCAGAACGACACGGGCUUCAGCUGUGACGGCUCCGCCAGCACCUUCCGCGUCAUGUUCAAGGAGCCCGUGGAGGUGCUGCCCAGCGUCAACUACACGGCCUGCGCCACGCUCAAGGGCCCGGACUCACACUACGGCACCAAAGGGCUGCGCAAGGUGACCCACGAGUCGCCCACGACGGGCGCCAAGACCUGCUUCACCUUCUGCUACGCGGCAGGCAACAACAACGGGACGUCCGUGGAGGACGGCCAGCUCCCCGAGGUCAUCUUCUACACCUAG